AUGACGAACAAAACAAAAUGCCAUGAGGGACAUGAGACGGAGAAAUUAAGGUGCUCGAAGCAGAAGGAGAAGCGGAAUGGGGCUAAGAAUGCUUGUUCUAGACUAGUUAGUAGUAGUAGCAUUGAUAGUAGUAGUAGUAGUAGUAGUGAUAAUAGUACUAGUACUAGUAGUGAUGAUAGCAGCCACAGUAGCAGUAAUAGUAGUAAUAGUGGCGAUAGUGGUAGUACUAGUGGUGAUAGUAGUAGAAGGAGUAGUAUUAGUGGUGAUAGUAGUAGAAGGAGUAGUACUAGUGGUGAUAGUAGCAGUAAUUGUAGCAGUAAUAGUGGUGAAAGAAGCAGUAGUAGUAGAGGUAAUAGUAGUAAUUGUGGUGAUAGUAGUAGUACUAGUGGUGAUAGUAGUGGAAGGAGUAGUAGUAAUGGUGAUAGAAGUAGUAUUAGUGGUGAAAGAAGUAGUAGUAGUAGUAGUAGUAGUAGUAGUAGUGAUGACAGUAGCAGUGGUAGCAGUAAUAGUAGUAGUACUAGUGGUGAUAGUAGUAGAUGGAGUAGUACUCGUGGUGAUAGCAGUAGAAGGAGUAGUACUAGUGGUGUUAGUAGAAUGAUUAGUAAUAGUAGUAGUAGUACUAAUAGUAGGAGUAGUGGUGAUAGUAGUAGUAGUAACAGUUAUAGUAGUAGUGGUGAUAGAAGUAGUAGUAGU